AGAAGGAGUCAGGAAGAAGAGGGGAGGCCCACGUGGGGCUGGGAGGCCCAGCCCACCUCCCCUCAUCUCCCACCUCACGCUACAGGAGACCGGGGGAGGGCGUGGCGGCCAUCCCACGGCCAUGGCUGCCCCCCAGCCACGUGCGGCCAUCCUCCCGGCCCCCUCGUUGAUAAGGGCGCAUCCCCGGCCCCCUACUAACCCUAGCGCCCCUUUCCCCUCCCUCGCCCCUCUCCCUCCCUGUCUCCCUCGUCGUCCGAAGCUCCAUCGCCGCCGCCUCGUAGCCGUGCUCCGGGACCUCCUCGAGCCACGUGAAGACGACCAAGAGCUCCGCCGGCCUCAUCUUCGUCGAUCCCAAGCAGAAACUCAAGCAGGGGAGUGCUGCAUCGCCGCCAUCGAGGCACCUUCUCCGCGCACGGCCGCGGCCCCUCGCCGCCGAUUGUGUCUCUGUCGAGCCGUCCCCGGCCUCCCCGAGUGCGUCACCGAGCUCCGUGACUACGAGACUGACGCCGCUGCUGGUGCCCCGAUCAACUACAUUGUUGACAUUCCCUACUUGCCAGAGCAACCAGGUGUGAUCAGGAAAAGAUGA